AUGGCCGGAAGCCCCGAGGGGAAGUCCCAGGGCCAGCCAAUGUCCUUGGUCCCCGCCCUGACAGCAGAAGCCUAUGGAGCCGCUGAAGUGAUUCCCAGGCCAGAAGUGGGGGAGCUACUGCCAUGGCAGGCCCAGGGUCCCACCCAGCCUGGCCAGAUGAGCCUGCCCGGCUUCCCGCUGCCCGCCUGGUACCAGCAGCAGACCAGGAAGAGAAACAGCCUUCUCAAGCUGCUGGGCGCCUUCCACGUUGUCCUUGCUCUGCUGCACUUGCUCUUCGGGAGCUGCCUGGUCUCCACGGUCAAGGGUCUUCACCUGGUGGUGCUGAAGUCGUGGUAUCCAUUCUGGGGGGCUGCCUCUUUCCUCAUUUCGGGCAUCUUGGUGAUCAUGACGGAGCUGUUUUGGAAGACUUACCUGAGGAGGCUUUGCCUGAUAGCACAUGCCAUCAGCUGCUUCUGCGUGCUAGCUGGCCUCUUUGUCAUCGCCAAAGAUCUCUUCCUGGAGAGUCCCUUUGACUUCCCGAUCUGGACACCGUAUCCCAGCAGCACACUCCACAUCCAGAGGCUGGAGCUGGCCCUGCUCUGCUUCACGGUCCUGGAGUUCUUCCUGCUGGGCUCCACGGCUGUCACCGUGUGCCGCCUUAACUGCCCGCCUGCAGAGGAAGACGACUUGAUCCUUAUUCAGGACACACCAGUGAGAAUCACGAAGUGGUCCAUGGGUCCUCCGCCAUCCUAUGAGGAUGCGAUUCUAGGUGGCAUGCUCAGUGUCCAAACCGGCGUCCACACCAGCUCCCUCGAGGAAGUCAAGUGA